UUAAAUGGAGCCCGAAGUAAUAUUAGCAUUUUUAGAAUAAUAGCAGUUUUUGAGUAAAUUUUUUAAUAAUAAUAAUGGGUCCGUGCUGUAGUAAACAAACAAAAGCAUUAAACAAUCAACCAGAUAAAUCCAAGUCUAAAGAUGUCGUUCUUAAAGAAAAUACUUCUCCAUUUUCCCAAAACACUAAUAAUAUCAUGCAUGUUAGCCAUAACCAGCCACCAAAUAUAAACCCUCCAAUGUUAGGUGGGCCUGGUGUAACUAUAUUUGUCGCACUUUAUGAUUACGAAGCAAGAAUAAGUGAAGAUUUAAGUUUUAAAAAAGGUGAAAGACUUCAGAUAAUAAAUACUGCAGAUGGAGACUGGUGGUAUGCAAGGUCUUUAAUUACAAAUUCAGAAGGUUACAUUCCUAGCACUUAUGUUGCUCCAGAAAAAAGUUAUGAAGCUGAAGAAUGGUAUUUUGGAGAUGUAAAGCGAGCUGAAGCAGAAAAGCGUUUAAUGGUGCGUGGUCUUCCAUCUGGUACAUUUUUGAUUCGAAAAGCGGAAACUGCAGUUGGCAAUUUUUCUCUUAGUGUUCGUGAUGGAGAUUCUGUUAAGCAUUAUAGAGUGAGGAAAUUAGAUACUGGAGGAUAUUUUAUUACUACGAGGGCUCCAUUUAACAGUUUAUAUGAAUUGGUUCAGCAUUAUACUAAAGAUGCUGAUGGUUUAGUAUGUGCUUUGACUUUACCAUGUCCAAAAGACAAACCGGUUACUGGGGGUAUAGCUAAAGAUGCCUGGGAAAUACCAAGAGAAUCACUUCGUUUAAAUAGGAAGCUUGGUGCUGGUCAAUUUGGAGAAGUUUGGGCUGGGGUCUGGAAUAACACAACACAGGUUGCAGUAAAAACGCUAAAACCUGGUACCAUGUCACCUGCAAGUUUCUUAGAUGAAGCAGGGGUGAUGAAAAAGUUAAGACACAAACAUUUAGUACAACUUUACGCAAUUUGCUCUGAUCGUGAACCUAUUUAUAUUGUUACUGAGUACAUGUCUGGAGGUUCAUUACUUGAUUAUUUAUCGAAAGGAGAAGGAGUUAAUCUUCAACUUCCGACACUUAUUGAUAUGGCUGCUCAAGUAGCUAGUGGCAUGGCAUUUCUUGAAGCACAAGGUUACAUACACAGAGAUCUUGCAGCAAGAAAUAUUUUAGUUGGUGAAAAUUAUAUUUGCAAAGUUGCUGAUUUUGGUUUAGCUCGUCUAAUUGAAGAUGAUGAAUAUACAGCACAUGAAGGAGCUAAGUUUCCAAUAAAGUGGACAGCUCCAGAGGCUGCAUUAUAUAAUCGUUUUACUAUUAAAUCUGAUGUUUGGUCUUUUGGUAUACUUAUGGCAGAAAUUGUAACAAAGGGUAGAAUUCCGUAUCCUGGUAUGACAAAUGCCCAGACAAUAGCAGAGGUUGAAAAAGGUUAUAGGAUGCCCAUAAUGCCGGGUUGUCCUGAACCUUUAUACAAUAUAAUGUUGCAGACUUGGAACAAAGACCCUGAAAACCGGCCAACUUUUGAUUACCUGCAAGGUGUUUUAGAAGAUUAUUUUGUUUCGACAGAGCAAGGAUACAGAGACUUAGGUGAAGCGAAUUCAUAAUAAAACUUAUCAACUGGACAAAUUAUAUUUUUCUAUGCAAUUUUUAUAUGACCAGAUAAUUUCGUUAAUAAUUUAACUUCUGCGAUUUUUAGCAGCAUAAAAUCGACUAAAGCGUUUUGUAAAAAAAAUCUUUUAUUUCAAAUUUAUUCUAUUCUAAUUUCAUCCUAAUAUUUUGGGAGUUCUCGGUUUAUUGUGUUUUCUUUUGCCUCUUACUUUGUGUUUUUCUCCUCG